GCGCGCCCCCUGGCGGCCAAGCCCGUCCGUUGAUUCUGCUCCGGCUCAGCCCAGCCCAGCUCAGGGCCCCGCCGCCAGUUUAACUGCAGUCGCGACGACGGCGCCCAGCGCUCCAAGCCUUGCCUGUUGUUGCUGCUGCCUACGACGACGACGACGACGACUCCUGCUCGGCCGCCGCUGCCCUUCGGCGAGUUAACUCGGAGCCCCGCGCCGAGGCCCGUCCCGCUCUCAUUUCCUCCCACUUACGACGCCGCCGCAGCCGCCGCCAUGGACAUGAAGAAGCGGAUCCACUUGGAGCUGCGGAACAGGACUCCGCCGGAUGUCCAAGAGCUUGUUCUUGACAACUGCAGAUCAAAUGAAGGCAAAAUUGAGGGGCUGUCAGGAGAGUUUAUCAACUUGGAGUUUCUUAGUUUAAUAAACGUUGGACUGACAUCUGUCUUGAAUCUCCCUAAACUCCCAAAGUUGAAAAAGCUUGAACUCAGUGACAACCGAAUUUCUGGAGGUCUUGAUGUAUUAGCAGAAAAACUUCCAAACCUCACACAUCUAAACCUCAGUGGAAACAAGCUGAAGGAUAUCAGUACCUUGGAGCCAUUGAAAAAAUUGGACUCUCUGAAGAGCCUUGAUCUGUUCAACUGCGAGGUGACAAACUUAAAUGACUACCGAGAGAGUGUCUUCAAGCUCCUUCCUCAGCUCACCUACCUGGAUGGAUAUGAUCAGGAAGAUAAAGAAGCCUCUGACUCAGAUUGUGAAGUAGAUGGCGUUGAUGAGGAAGACGAGGAAGGUGAAGAAGAAGGUGAGGAAGAAGAUGAAGAAGAGGAGGAAGAUGGUGAGGAGGAGGAGUUUGAUGAGGAAGAUGAGGAUGAAGAAGGAGAAGAAGGAGAAGACGAAGAAGACGAAAUCAGCGGAGAGGAGGAAGAGUUUGGACGUGAUGGGGAAGAGGAGGAGGAGGACGAGGAAGAAGAGGAGGAGGAAGAUGAAGAAGAAAGUGGGAAAGGUGAAAAGAGAAAAAGAGAAGCAGAUGACGAAGGGGAUGAAGAAGAUGACUAAGGCCUUCUGUGUCCCCAAAGGACUGUUCAGUAUUGCUUGGGCCACCCCUUGGAUGAUCUGUGACUUGAGGAGCACUUGAGGCACAUUGUAGUUGUCUAAACAAGCCCCCUCCCCCCUCGGGUGCAGCACUCAAAGAGCCAAAGAGUCGGCCUUUCCUGUGACAUUCCACAUACCCUGCAGCUGAUCUCCUCCAGGUGGUUACAGAUCUAGCCCUCUUGGGCUAGCACCUUCACUUAUCCCCUUGGGGUUCCCAGGCCUUCAUCUCCCACUGUUGCCAUAGCAAGAAGAACGAGUGUGAUGGGUCAGUCCUGGUUGUCAGGGGCUACACACUACCCACUGACUGUAGUCCCUUUUUUACUUUCUGUGCAAAAAGGCUUUGUAAAUAGAGUCCUAAUGUUUUGGGGACUGUUCUUCAUGCUUCGCUUUCCCUGCCUUCCUUUUCUUUUUCUAAGCUGUUGGAUAUUUUUUACAUUAGGAUGUUUUAUGCAACAACAGAAAAGUAUUUUUAAGAACUUGAAAUGAAAUAAACGUUAUUUGGUAAACUAAUCUUGCAAAGUUGUUAUGUUCAGACUUAAUCUGAAAUUCUGUGGCCUUCUCAUUUCUCUAAAACCACAUUAUGGGCAGGGUUGUGUAUACUCUGCAUUAAUUUUUUUAAAAAAAUUGUACCAGCAGAAGCUAGAUUCCUUGACCCAUGUCAAUUCCUUGGUUUACAUAAUUUAUUCUGCUUCUGCUAGUCAAGGAGAUGAACAAUGAAUUACGUGGGAUAUUGAAGCCAUAACCACUAGAAAUCUUCAGACCUUACAAGGAUUUUAGCCACAGAUUUAAAAACCUACCUUAUUGCCCAUUAAGGAUGGACUUUUUAAAAAUGAAAACUAAGAUUUUCAGGUUGCUGAUUUCCAUAGUCAAUACCAAAUUUUGUGAUUUUUUUGUGUGUGCUCGUAGUAAACUGUAGAAGACACCCAGUGCAGAAGACACCCUUUAUUCUUAAAUGCAGUGAUUGAAGUUGAUCUUUUACACCCACUUUGCAAAUAAUAUUGCCCUAAAUCCCUGAACCACAAUAAUACAUUUUGAAAAAAGAUAGGAUUGGUUCUUAUCUUGGUAUUUUUUGGCCACAAAGGGCCAUACCCAUGUGCAAAAUCUUUAAAAGAAGAUUCACAUAUGCUCAGAUUGUAAAGGAUAUACCAGCAAGCCACCCCAUCUUUUACUUCUUGGCAUGUUUUACAUGGACAAAAAAACGUGGUAUGGCCUGGCCACUCUUGCGUUACAAAAUAACGUGAUUUGUGUACAUGAUUAAUGAUGCAGUACUGUACACACUUACAUGGAAAUUAAUCCCAUUAAUCUCAGUGGGGCUUAUUUCUCUGUAUACACGCAUAUAGGGUUGCAGAAUAUGCAACAUGGAAAUGAGCUCUUACAGCUCAAUCCUAUACAUUUCUACGCAGAAGUUCCACUGAGUUCAGUGGGGCUUACUCUCAGGUAAGUAGGUAUAAAAUUACAACCUAGCCAUACAAAAUGCAUAUAAUGAAAGUGAACUUGACCUUUAAACAGACUAGGCUGAAAGCUGUUAAUUGGAGCUUUACUUCUCAUGUAGUGAGGCAUUCUAACAUGACCUUGCCUCCAAUUUCAGAUUGAAUUAAAUGCAGGAAAUGGCUGGGAUCCACCUGUAUUUCCCCCAGCCUCUCCAAAUGUGUCCCAGAGAGUUCCCCAACCCCCCACAGCAGGUUGGGGGGGGCUGCAAGAGUGUGAGGAGUAGAAAUCUUUGUUCUGUUUGUGCUCAGACACAAUUGGAUGUGGCUCUUUCACGUCAUUCUGUUCUGAAGUUAACAAUAUCAAAGAGUUGAAAGGGAUCCGGUGGCCAAGGGACAAAAAUAAAUCGGGAAAUACGUCUCUUUGGAACUAAUGUUCAUAUUGAUAUGCUGUUGGUAGUGAUAGAUACAGCAACAAUAAAUAAAGGAGUGAGACUCUUUUGCCCAGGAUAUGUAUAUGCUGAAAAUCAAAUUCCAAAUCAAAAGCUGCAUUCUGUAACCUGUAUAAACUAUGCAAAUGUAUGCAGUUUUGUGUAGACAUUUUUGGUUUUGCAAGUAACGGAGGGGGGAAAGGAGCUUUCUGUAGCGCACUGAAACUUCAGCUACUGACCAUGGGCAAUAUAUUAGCUACACUUCUGGUAGAUGAGAUUCUGUAGGCACUUGUAGUUUCAAAACAUAAUCUGUGGCCUAAUAGCCGGUCUCUUUUUGCUUUUAAUUGAAAGCUGAGGUUCUCAGGAAGCAGAAUUCUGUGCCCUGUGUCACAUUCUGUGCUCCUCUGGAAUUGUAGUAGAGACUCCUUGGUUAGUAUAUCACAGGAGCUAGUGAUAUACUAGAACACAUAUACAUGUUGGGUACCAGCCAAUUUAAGAAAAGAGGUGUUUGUGAACAGAAAAUUACUGCUCCAUUUUGAGUUUCUUUUUAAGUUAUGUGGCUAUCUUGGUUUGAUAGCUCCUGGGCUGUAUGUAUGUGUAGAAGAGAAAAACCUGAAACAAUGUGUUUUUUAAUUGGCUGUUUUGACAGGGUGGGAGGAGACUGAAACCAGCUUCCUUACUCUUCUUUCUCAAAGAGGUAUUUGAUGGGAUUCCAGCCCAAGUGGGUGGAAAACCUUCUAUGUAAAACUACUUGUGCAUAUGAUUCCCCAUCUUGCUGUGCCUAAAUGGACAGGCAGCUUGUCAUUUAAGAAUAAAGUGUGUGUUUCUCA